ACCUUCAUCAUGUCACUCUGGUUCUGCAACUUGCUGAAUUUGGGAACCUUUUUCUUUCUUGGAUAAGAAGACUUCUUGGUUUUCGGAAUUGCUAUUAAGGGCAUAACAAAUAAAGUUUCCAUAUACGGCCAAGAAUUAAUUUUACAAAACAGCUGCUACCACUCCUUCGAGGCUUUUUAUAGCCACUAAAAUAAUUCUUAUCUGAAACAACCCAUGUCCAUGAGAAACAACAUUGGUCAUUAAUAAAAUGAAGAUAAUCUAUUUUAAUGGAAUAACUUGUCCCACUCUGCCCAAACCCCAAACGAAUUAGUAGUUUUCUUUUUUCGUGCAUCGAGUAUUCGGUUUGUACGUGUGCCAUAAUUGAAUUGUUUUGUGUUGUUUUCUUGAACAUGAUUGGCUAAUUAAACCAAAGCUUUGUUUCUGAUGAGAAAGACUUUGGCUGGGUUGUUUAUAAAUUGUGAAACAGGCAGAGCUAGCUAGUCAAUUAUCUUAUUCAGUAUUUCUGCACAGCCCUUUUUUUGGUGAAUUAUUCUGCACCUACACCCCUUGGUGAAGAAUUAUAAUUAAGUUUGCAGGCCUUCCAAUUAACAUGGAGCCACAGUGUGCAAUCAAGAAAGAUGCCACUGAAUUGAUAGGUAAUACCCCAAUGGUAUACCUGAACAACAUAGUGGAGGGGUGUAUGGCCCGCAUUGCUGCUAAGUUAGAGUCCAUGCAACCUUGCUUCAGUAUCAAAGAUAGGACAGCAUUUAGCAUGAUCAAAGAUGCUGAGGAUAAAGGCCUCAUUACACCGGGAAAGAGUGUUCUUGUUGAGGCUACAAGUGGGAACACGGGCAUUGGAAUGGCAUUCGUAGCAACAUUGAAGGGGUAUAAAGUCAUAGUGGCUAUGCCAGCUUCUGUGAGUCUUGAGAGAAAAAUUGUACUUCGAGCCUUUGGAGCUGAAGUCUAUCUCACUGACCCUGCCAAAGGAACCGAUGCAGUUCUUAGGAAGGCCGAGGAGAUAGUGAAUAACACGCCCGGAAGUUACAUGCUCCGCCAGAUUGAUAAUCCUGCUAAUCCAAAAAUUCAUUACGAGACCACUGGUCCUGAGAUUUGGAGAGACUCCGGAGGGAAAGUUGAUGCUUUGGUUGCAGGGGUAGGAACCGGGGGUACCAUAACGGGUGCUGGCAGAUUCCUCAAGGAGAGAAACCCCAAUGUCAAGCUGUACGGCAUAGAACCAGUUGAAAGUGCAGUCCUCAGUGGAGGACCGCCAGGUGAUCACCUAAUCCAAGGGAUUGGUAAUGGUCUCAUUCCAAGUGUACUGGAUUUUAAUCUCCUAGAUGAAGUUAUUCAGGUACCUCUCAACACUAUUGCCACUCAAUUUUCAAUUUUGAUUCAGAAACCUAUAUUUCCAAGGAGUCAAUCUAUCUAUCUUUUAGCCUGGUGUAGCCUCAAAAUUUGUUAUUUUUGUUUUGCAGAAAAUUUACUCAAAUAAUCUUAAUAUAUUUAGAUUUUAUGCAGAUAUAUCUCAGACUCAGUUACCAAUAAAUGACUCAACAGUAUGUUGGAGUGGAAGUGAAUAUUUGUUUAGUAGUUGUAGUGGGUGGCUGUCAAAUAUUUCAAAUUGUAUUUUUUCUUAUUUUUAAAUUCACUUAGAUGCCCAGAAAUUUCAAAAUAAAUGGUAUUAUUUUUUAGAGUAUAGUUUGUUGUCUCUGGGAAGAUAUGUGAUCAUGCAUGGUAAGAAAAAAUAUACUUGAGAGGAAAAAUCAGAAAACGGUUAUUAUUUUGUUAUUUUUGUUUCCUAAUCCUACCAAACAUGACAAGAUCAUUUUUAAUCUCUUUUUUUUUAAUUUAUAUACUUAAUGCUCUUCAUUUUUUUUUUAUUUUUCAUUUCUGACACUUGAAGUAGCUUGUUAAUGUCACAUGCUUCUAAGUGUUAUAAGUGCGGCCAUUUUUGUCAAAAGUUUCCUUUCCCAUUUUCAUGCACUCUGAUCCUUAGCAUGUUUUUCAUAUAACCUAUUAUUUCACAUUUCAGAAUGAGACAUACUGAUUCUGAAUCUAUGAUUCAUAAAACAUGUUUAGAUUUUAUAAGAAUAUAUAAAUUGAUAUGCUUGAAAAAAUAGAAGUGUCACUGAAUUGCUAGCGAAAAAGUCCUCCCAGCCUUGUACAUUUAAUUAUAAGCAAAAGAAUCACAAAUCAGGGCAUUAAUUGCGGGCUAAGACUGACAAUGCUCUACAAUUAGUACAAGUUAUUCAACACACACAUAAUGUUUACUCAGCUAGCUACUGUUACAAGGCAUUUUGUCAAGGCUAACAAGGUCUGUAAA